AUGGGCAAGAUACCGUCGAUACCAGGGAUGCGCACCCGUGCCAUGGCUAUCAUGGCGACCCGCUCUCAGGAUCAGCAUCUUGUAGCCAGCGUGGCCGACGACCUAGGUCUGGCGGAGGAUGACUCCCCCGUCACCUGUCUCGUCGAGCCGGGGCGGCGCUGCUUCGUGAUCCCCUCAUUCGGAUGGCAUCCUUGGUUCUCGCAUCAGCUCUACGACGACACAGCGCCCAACCCGACAUACUCCCCUGCUAACGAGGGCAAGCAGGAGGAAGCCAAGAUGGCGCACUACACUGCUGUUCUCGCCCCGGCCCCCAAGGACGCGGACUUUGUCGCUGCACUUCCCGUGCCCACGCCGCUGUCGUCCGUCGUCGAAUCGAUGCGCGAGCUGGCGGCUGCGCGCCCGCACGCCCUGAUCGGCGAGACCGGCCUCGACAAGGCCUUUCGGCUUCCCUUCCAGUGGGGCCCCGACGACGAUGCUGCCUCGCGCGCCGCUGGCGGUGACGACGACGAGACCUCUCUCACCCCCGGCGGACGCGAGGGCAGACGCCUGAGUCCCUACCGCGUACGCAUCCAGCACCAGCAGGCCAUCAUGACGGCCCAGCUCCGUCUAGCGGGCGAUCUCGGCCGUCCCGUCAGUGUCCACGGCGUUCAGGUACACGGAGUCUUGCACGACACCAUCUCCAGUUGCUGGAAAGGCCACGAGAAGGAAGUCGUCUCCCGUCGGCAGAAACGCAUGGUCGCCCCCAAAGCAGAGGACUUGCCCGACUUCUCCGACGAUGACGGUGACGGCCCUGCGGAUCCUGACUCUCUGAAAGAUAACAAGAAGCAGACCACGGUAGGUGGCAAGCCUUUUCCUCCGCGCAUAUGCCUCCACUCGUUCAGCGGCAGCGUCGAGGUUCUCAAGCAGUGGCUUCGCCCUGCCAUACCGGCCGACAUCUUCUUCUCCUUCUCGUCGGCUGUCAACUUGGGUACCGAUGGAGGCCGUGCCAAGCUUGGUGAUAUAGUCAAGGCUGUGCCUGAUCGGAAGAUCCUCGUCGAGAGCGACCUGCAUGUUGCUGGGGACGAGAUGGAGGCUGCACUGGAGGACAUGUAUCGUUUUGUGUGUCGGGUAAAAGGAUGGACUUUGGAGGAUGGGGUGGUCAGGAUACGAGAGAAUUUUAGGCGCUUCAUCGUUGGAUGA